AUGCGUGAUUCGGAAGAUUCUGGAUUCUCUUCAACAUCGUCGGCCGUGGAGAGCACCCCUGUAAGCCGUAAUUCAAUACGAGGUUAUAAGAAGACCUAUUGUACAAUCUGCAAAAUCAACAUCAACAAGGAGGGAAAAAGAAGUCAAGGUCCACGACGUCAUUUGUUGCAACAUCAUGUGCGAAGGCCACUCUUUCAAUGUCCCCACUGUUCGCAUUCAUCAUUCUACGAUAAAUUCCAUGUGACCAGUCAUAUGCGAAGAAUACAUCAGGAUAAUUCGGACAAGAUAAUCAAUAGGAGCUCAGAAUUCGCGGAAGAGGUGGAUUUCUGGUAUAAGCGUUGUUUUGGAGCUGCCAAGGAAACGAUAGAGGAGACAGAAAAUAUUAGAGAGCCAAGCCAGCUGUACUCUUCUCCACCACCAGUGCUAUCACCAGAACCGGCCUGCAGGGAAAAUAUAGAUCCUAAUCUAAUAUCAUCCGACAGUCCCUCCAAAGCUUCAGCGCCAAAGCGGCGUAAAGCUGGAUUUAUGAUAGCUGAUCUGUUGCAGGUGAGCCUAAGAAAUGAAAUCCUCUCUGUUUUGGUUCUUCAGCUUAUUUAUGCUAAGAAAAAUUCCUUUUACAGCUAAGC